UGGGGUCCCAUUCUAUUUGAGAAUGAUCUUGGGCAUGGAAGGAGUGCAAUCUUGAUGCAAGAACAAAAGGACAAGAUCAUCCAGAUCACAAGCCAAGACCGCCAACACUGCAAGCAGGAGUCCUGGCAAGCAAUUGCGCAUGACAACUUCAGAUGCAUAGUACCUGAAAUCAGCUUAUCAACAUUUGAGAAUAUUAUGUAUCAAGCUGGUUAUGCGUGCCAAAGAGCUGCAUGGAAGCCUCCACUUUCAUCAACACAAUAGAAGGAGAUAUGAGUGGGCAUUGAUGCACAACCCAGACAAAUACAAGGUUGGAGAUGGACUUGGCUAUGAUUUCCGCAAGGUCUGCUUCACUGACAAGUCUCCUGCACAUGUUGGAGAAGAGCAAGGCAUGCAGAGAGUUUGGUGUAAGGCUGAUGAGACCUAUCACAGUGAUGUCAGGAAGGAUUGCAAUUGCAAGGACUGUGCACUACAGUUCUUUGGAGCGUUUCAAUAUGAUCACAAAGGUCCUUGCUGUCAUGGGUAUUUCCCCUUAUAAUGGCACUCCUCCACCCACAUUACAAAGCGCAUUACACUGUUGUGACUUACCCACAAGGCCUCCACCACAGCAAGAUUAGCGUACUGCAUCAUCCUCCAGAAGCCCUUGCUCUCAAAAGUAUGCAAUGACUAGUUGUUAUCUACUAACCAGAGCACCCCAAAACUUGUACAUUGAAGUGGCCAAGCUUGUUGGCAACCUCUUGGCUGACAUCAACAUCUUUACGCAGUGCCUGUUUGAUAGUAG